CGUUGCAAUGGCGCGGGCAGUGGCAUUGGCCUGACAAUAGAUCCAUGGUCGUAAUGCCGAUUGAGCUAAUUGGUCUUGUAGGAUAAUCACCGCUGCUGGACGGGCGGGCCGCCAUGGGCCAGUGCUUCUCGUGCGGGGAGCCACAGGAGCGCGACCCGCCGCCCAUCAAGCACAAAUAUGACGGCGUACCCACCACAGAGUGUCGUCCGAGCGUGCCCAGCGCGCCAGCGGCGGCCGACUCGCCGAGCCGGGAAGCGCCGCCGGCGCCGGCGCCGGCCAAGCCGCUCACGGUGCUCUCGUCGGACUCGCUGCGCUCCGAGAAGUGGAGCUUCCCGCGCGUCACGGCCAAACGGCCGGCCGAGGCGCGCCGCACCGGCUCGCGCGACGUGUCGGACGCCCGUUUGGCGGCACUGUUCGAACAGUACCGUGACCCGGCCGAGGACGCCAUCCUGGCCGACGGCGUGGAGCGGCUGUGCGCCGACCUCGAACUGCGGCCGGACGAGUUCCGCGUGCUCGUGCUGGCGUGGCGCCUGGACGCGCAGGCCAUGUGCCGCUUCAGCCGCGCCGAGUUCGUCGGCGGCUGCCGCGCGCUGCGCGUGGACAGCGUGCGCGCGCUGCAGGCGCGGCUGCCGCAGCUGGCGGCUGAGGUGGCCGCCGACGCCGCGCUGUUCAAGGACCUGUACCACUUCACGUUCCGGUUCGGGCUGGAUUCCGACCUGGGACAGCGUAUUCUGCCGGCGCCGAUGGCCAUCAGUCUGUGGCGGCUGGUGUUCUCGCAGCGCGAGCCGCCGCUGCUCGAGCCGUGGCUGCGCUACCUGGAGAAGCACGCGCAAAUCCGCGGCAUCCCGGCCGACACGUGGUCCAUGUUCCUCAGCCUGGUGGAGGCCGUCAGCCCGGACCUGGCCGACUACGACGACAAUGAGGCUUGGCCGUCGCUGUUUGACGACUUUGUCGAGUACCAAACGGACCAGGCGAACCAGAAUGUGAGUGAGUGCGACCGGGACUGACGCGGCGGCGGCGGCGGCGGACGACGAGCCGAGCGUCGCCCGA